AUGGUUUAUGAAUGGAAUGGCUGGUUUUACAGAUCACUACUUUCAUAUCAGAGAGAUAGUGCUGCAACAAAUUGUGGAACAAAGCUGGAACUCACUAAAGCAGAGAAGCACGUUCACAACUUCAUGAUGGACACUCAGCUCACCAAACGGAUCAAGAAUGCUGCAGCCAAUGUCCUUCGGAAGACGUGGCUAAACUAUAAACACAAGAAGCUGCUAAAGAAGAUCGAUCAUGCCAGGGUCAGAAAACACCAGAGGAAGUUCCUCCAAGCUAUCCACCAACUGAGGAGUGUCAAGAUGGAGCAGAGGAAGCUGAGUGACCAAGCCAACACCCUGGUGGACCUUUCCAAGAUGCAGAAUGUCAUGUAUGGCUUAAUCACAGAACUAGGUGAUCUAAGUGAAGACCUGGAGAAGCAAAUCAGCAGCCUGGAGUCUAAGCUGGAGCACCUCACGGCCAGCUUCAAUUCCCUGCCCCUGCUCAUCGCAGACGCCCUGUGUCAGCAGCAGCACCAGCUCCUGUCUGCGGCCGUGGAGGACCGGGGUGUCAGCGUGGCGGUGGGCACCACCCACACCCUGCUUUCCGACAGCCACAUCGGGGUCAGUUCCACCUCCUUCCCAACCCCGUACACAAGUUCAAGCAGUUGCUAA